AUGGCUAACGAGGGUCGUGAUGUGAUGAAGGGAAGUCUCCCAAAACGCUCUGCCAGACGACAGAACCCGCGAACCAACGAGAUUUCCGACAUCAGCCACAUUCAACUCGGACUUCCAACGUACGGAGAUACGCAGCUCAGAGAUCGAUUCCAGAGAAUCAGAAUGCAGAACACCAACGACCAGUCGCGAAGUCAGAAACCGGGCAAUACCUUCCAGCCCUGUACAACAUAUCCAUCCAUUGCGCCUGAUAAUAUUACUUCUCUCACUCCAACUCUGCCGAGAAGGAGUCUUCCGACUGCCAACGUUGUGGGGCAAACUGACCGAAGACAGGCCAUACCACGUAGCGAUGCCCUUCCCAUGCCCUCAAAUCGAACAAACGUCAAUCAACGUCCUGUUCACCAAAAUGAGAGCCAUAACUCACUUGGUCGUGAACGUUCUGCUGAACCUUUGAGUAACGACGUUCGAGCCUCUGGUUCAGCUGCAAUUGAUACAGCGAGCUCAGUUGUCACAGGGAGACAGCCAACCUCAAACGUCAGCGACCGGCAGAACGCUCAACGAAAUGAACGAGGAUGGUUAGGCUUAGGUCGCCGCGCGAAUGGUGACGCAAUUUUCCUGACCGACGAAGAGCUGGCUGCAGUUUGGGAUGAGCUGCCGACCUUGGGAAUCACUUUCCACGGCACCAUCAUGACACGUGCCCAUCGACUGGACUUUGACCCAAUGGCCGACCACGAGACAGUACAGGAGCGAUGGACGGAACACAUCGAGGCCUUGAAACCUCUCGGAGAUGCACUUCUCGACGCCGUUGCUGACAAGUUCGGGUUUCCACAAAAGCUCUCUAGUGCCCAAAGCCUACAAGUGCUUGAGUUCUGUAAGGCCAUCUGGUCAAAGCUGAGGAAGGAGUUUGAAAAUGCUACAAGAACAUCAUUCACCUUAUACCCAGGCACUUCCCACCAGCUAGACCAGUGGAUAUAUCUCAUGGAAGUCCUUAGACAGGCUCGUCAUAUGAUUCACCGGCCGAGUCGAGAAGAAUGGGACAACACAGAAGCGGUUAUAGGAAUCACGGCUAUGCACUGGCAGCGUGAUAUUAUACAAGAGCUGAUCGAUGCUGUGAGAAAUCCUAGCACCGAGAGCACAAAUCCGAGCUCCUCGAGCACCUCGAACUUCUCUUCUCCAGAUGAGGAUGACAACAAUCAGCAGGAGAAGCGUAGACCUGGACGCCCCCCUGGGUCGCGCAACAAAGCGACCCUCGCAGCCGAGGCGAAAGCUGCACGACGUGCUCAGCAAGCACAGACUGGCCAAUCUCAGGCACAGGUUCUAACGCAUAGACAACCUGCAUCUCAAUUGCAGCCAGCCCAGCAGCAGAACCAAUCUCGUCAGCUCCAGCCAGGCGCGCUCCCACAAUUGCAGUCUCCUCUCUCUUUGCCACAAGGACAGCUCAAUCAAGCUAGGCCAGCCGCGCCAUCUUUAUUUCCACCUAGGAGUCAAUCUUUCACACCUGGUCGACUCCAAGGCUUUUCCAGUGUCGCUCAAGGUGGCCAAGCAGUAAACUCACCACUUGCCUUCCCCACCCCACGGUGGCGACUAAACAUUCCCUCGCAGCAGGCAGGGUCGAUUUUCGUACCCCCACGACUUCGGCCACCUGUACAGCCUCACCAGUUUUCCAGUCCUCCACCCCAGCAGUCGAACCAACAGCCAUCGCCGCAAACACCAGUUCCGGAGGUGAUGUGGUUCAAGAAGACGAGCUAA